AUAUUUUUAUGCAACCAGAUAUUUAUUCACUUUUCAAAUUUGAACAACAAACUCACGAAAUCAAAAUAAAACUUCAACAGAAAACACAUGUGCGAGACAGCAGAAACAAAUUGAAAUUGCAUAGCAUGCCGACUUUAAACACUAGACGGACUAUCCUAGGGACACUAUGAACACAGAAUCAGCAUGUUAGCAGGCUCACAAAUUCGAAGAAUACUCUGUAACACACACACACAGGUGUGCGCCUGUCAGUGUUGUGUAAAUAAGUCGUCGGUCACAGGCCGUACAAUAGGUGAACCAAUACAUCCGUUUGCUUGAUUGUUUUUAUCGUGAGUGUUAUUUGUUACGCAUGAGUUAUCAGUAACUUAUUCUUCGAUGAGUUGAUAAGAAACUUUUUCUAUAAAAAGGUUAUAAACAAGGAUCAUCUAGACUUGAAAAAGCAAGAAAUCAAAUAUAAUUUUAUUACUACAAUGGAUGUUGACCAGGAAGAAAAUAUUUCUGUACAACAAUCAGAAGGAAAUCUGUCCUAUCAAAAUGUCACACAGAAAAAUAAUUCAAAAUCAGUUCCAAUCGAAUUUACCAAUCAAUUAUGGAAAAUGUUGAAAAUUAGAGAAUGGAGAUUUUCUGUAAUUCUUUUUAUACUCACAUCAAUUGUCACUAUAAUAUCUACAUAUUAUAAAAUAGAGCUAAGUACAAUUUUUGAUGUCAAUAUCAACCCAGAUAUUGAACUAAAUGUUAUUAAAACAUUUGUAAAUACAUAUGAACAAUUCAUCAAAGCUGUUCUGAGUGGUCUUGGUAUCACUGCUCUUACAUGGUUCAUAUUAUACCAAGAUAGCUAUGAACCUGGUAUUAAUCCUCCAUUACCAAUGGAUCUGAAUUAUUUAUUUGGAGGAUUUAUUGGUAUCUUUGUAUGCAUUUUCAUGUGUAUGUAAAUUUUACUAUCUAGAAACACAGCUGCUCAGUAUUUUAAUAUAAUUAGUUUAUAUUUCAAGUAUUUAUAAAAAAGUUUAUUAUUUUUUAGAUUUUCAAACUAUUGAAGCAAAUUUGUAUUUGUUGAAAAUAAAAAAAGUUAAUUUUUCCAGAAUGAAAUAACAUA